UAAAUUUCACUUUUUUGUAGUUUUUUUGGUUCUCUCUUUUACUGUAAAGUUUUUUCGUGCUGUUGUUUGUUUACUGCUAGCUGGUUAGAUAAGUGGAUAAAUAAGCAGAUAUAAUUAAACUGAGCUGAACUGAAUUUUAUUUGCCAUCUGCUUCUCUCAUCUCGUUAUUCCCUUAGUUUCUCGUUGUCCUCAAGAAUGAAUCCCAGUCAUUCUGAUACAGAUUCAACUGUCGAGUCCUUCUACGGCGACCCGCUGAAAGAUAACGCCAACAACCUCGACAGAAUAAUAACAAAUGCUUCUUACCAAAUCGCUUCCACCGAAGACUAUGGCGAUUUAGUUCGAAUUGUCACCUCCCAAAACGCCCAUCAACAAGGUGGUGUUCUUGAUCGUUUGGAAUCUCUAGCAAGAACCCUAUCCACCAGAACUGUUAGAGAUGGCCCACUAACAAUCGACCCAGAUGACUUUGACUUGCAAACCAUAUUAAGAACCGUCGUUAGAAUCUCUGAUAAAGAUGGUAUUCAUUUAAGACAGGCAGGUGUACGCUUCAAAAAUGUUACCACAACUGGUAUUGACGCUUUGACCUCCAGUGCUGAAACUGCUCUCGACCUCUUAACUGCUCCCUUCACAAUCCACAAAAAAAUCAAAUCCGUCAGACACCCCAGCAUCAGAGACAUAAUAUCAAACGUCAAUGGUCUUGUCAAAGCUGGUGAAAUGUGUUUGGUUCUAGGCAGACCUGGUGCAGGCUGCUCAACUUUUCUCAAAUCAAUUGCUGGUGAAACUAACCAGUACGUUUCUUCCACCGGUGAUAUCAGCUUCGAUGGCAUUCCCCACGACAUUAUGAUGAAGGACUUUAAGGCUGAUGUCGUUUAUAAUCCUGAACUAGAUGUCCACUUUCCUCAUUUAACUGUUGAUCAAACUCUAAAAUUUGCAAUUUCCUGUAAAAUUCCUGAAAUUAGACCAAACAAUUCAACAAGAGACCAAUACAUUACUGCUCUAAGAGACAUCUUAACAACUGUCUUUGGUCUCAAUCACGUCAAAAACACCAAAGUUGGUAACGACUAUGUUAGAGGUGUCUCUGGUGGUCAAAGAAAAAGAGUUUCCAUUGCUGAAGCUUUGGCUUCCAGAGCUUGCAUCUACUGUUGGGACAAUGCAACCAGAGGUCUUGACUCCUCCACUGCUUUGGAAUACGCUCAGGCCAUCAGAGUAUCGACAAACCUUCUUAAAUCUGCUGCUCUAGUCACCAUCUACCAAGCUGGUGAAAACAUUUAUGAAACCUUCGAUAAAGUAACUGUCCUCUAUGAGGGUCGUCAAAUCUACUUUGGUCCUGUUCAAAAUGCUAAACACUAUUUCGAAAAAAUGGGCUUCCAAUGUCCAAACAGACAAUCAACUCCUGAGUUCUUAACCGCCAUAACUGACCCAAUUGGUAGAAUCCCUCAACCUGGUAUGGAACAUAAAGUCCCAAGAAAUGCUCUUGAAUUUGAAGAUUACUGGCUAAAAUCUGAUGAAUAUCAACAAUUAAUGGCUGAAAUAGCCGAAUAUGACGCUGAACAUAACGAAGAAGCAACUAAACAGUUAUUCGAAUUAUCAACUGAACAAUCAAAGAAAAAAUCUAAAAGAAAAAACUCAAAAUAUACAAUUACCAUCCUCGAACAAUUUAAAUUAUGCACCAUGAGAGGCUUUCAAAGAGUCAUUGGGGAUUCGGCUUACACCAUCACUCAAGUUGUUGCAAAUGUUAUCCAAUCCCUAAUUGUUGGUUCCUUAUUCUAUAACUUGCAAAACAGUACCAUCUCGGCUUAUUCAAAGGGUGGUACUCUUUUCUUCUGUGUUUUACAUUUCACUUUCUUGGGUCUUGCUGAAGUUUCCAAUUCUUUCGACAAUAGACCAAUCAUCUUAAAACAAAAGGGUUAUACUCUAUACCAUCCAGCUGCCGAAGCAAUCGCUUCCGUUUUAACUGAUAUACCAACCAAAUUAUUAUCCUUGUUUUCUUUCUCAAUUGUCGUCUACUUUAUGGUAAACUUUGACAGGGAAGCUGGAAAAUUCUUUGUUUUUGUAUUAUUUUUAUUCAUGACUUCCUCAAUCAUGACCUGUUUGUUCCAGUCUAUUGCUGCUUUCUCUCCCACCAUUGCUGCUGCAAAUUCCUUUUCUGGUGUUGGUAUGUUGGCUGUUAUUGUCUACACUGGUUUCGUUAUCAAAAUGCACGACAUGCACUGGGCUCUAAAAUGGAUAUCUUACAUAAAUCCUGUCACCUACGGUUUUGAAUCGUUGAUAUCAAACGAGUUUCAUGGACUUCAUAUGAAUUGCGCCAACACAGUUCCUUCUGGCCCCGGUUACGAAAACGUCUCUUCUGAAAAUCAGGUCUGUGCUGCUGCAGGUGCUAUUGCAGGUCAAGCUUUUGUUUUAGGUGAUGAUUAUAUCGAGUCAUCUUAUGAUUAUUCUUAUUCCCAUCUUUGGAGAAAUUUCGGUAUUUUGGUGGGCUUUUGGAUUUUUUUUAUUUUAUUAUCCGCUAUUGGUCUUGAAAUAUUAAAACCUGUGAAUGCUGGUGGUGACAGACUAUUAUUCAAAAAAGGUGCCGACGUUUCUCUUGUAAAUGACGAAAAAAAGAAAGCUAGCGACAUUGAAUCUGGAUCUUCAGGUACUGUCAACAAACUCGAAGAAGAUGAAAAAAAUAAUGCAGAAAACUUUGAAAACCUUCGUGGUAAAGACAUUUUUAUGUGGAAGAACGUUGACUAUGUUAUUCCAACCAAAGAUGGAAACACCAUUAAAUUAUUGGAUAAUGUUCAAGGUUAUAUUAAACCUGGUACUCUCACUGCUCUUAUGGGUGAAUCCGGUGCUGGUAAGACAACUCUAUUAAAUGUUCUUUCUCAACGUGUUUCCUUUGGUGUCAUCACUGGUGACAUGCUUGCUAAUGGAAGACCAUUGGAUUCUUCUUUUCAACGUUCCACCGGUUAUGUGCAACAACAAGAUUUGCAUAUAUCAGAAUUAACUGUCAGAGAAUCACUACAAUUUGCCGCAAGAUUAAGAAGACCUCAAUCAGUUCCUGAAGAGGAAAAAUUAAGCUAUGUUGAAACAGUGAUUGAUUUAUUGAGCAUGAGAUCUUAUGCAGAUGCAGUUGUUGGUGAUCCUGGUUCUGGUUUAAACGUUGAACAAAGAAAAAAGUUAUCUAUUGGUGUUGAAUUAGUUGCAAAACCAUCCUUAUUGCUUUUCCUUGAUGAACCCACUUCUGGUUUAGACUCUCAAUCAUCUUGGGCUAUUGUCAAGCUUAUGAGGCAAUUAGCACAUGCUGGUCAAAGUAUUCUUUGUACAAUCCAUCAACCUUCUGCAACUUUAUUUGAACAAUUUGAUCGUUUAUUAUUGCUUAGAAAAGGUGGUCAAACAGUUUAUUUCGGUGAUAUUGGUAAAAGUUCAAGAACUAUUUUAGAUUACUUUGAAGGUAAUGGAGCAAGAACUUGCGGUAUUAAAGAGAAUCCCGCUGAAUAUGUCUUGGAAGCCAUUGGUGCAGGUGCUACAGCUUCAGUUGAUGAAGACUGGCAUCAAAAAUGGAUGAAAUCUCCUGAAUGUAUUCAAACUAAUAAAUAUAUUGAAUUUUUGAUCCAAGAUGGCUUGUCUAAACCUAUUAAUGAAUCUGAUCCAGAAUUGAGAAAUAAAUUUGCUACUCCUUACUUUACUCAAUUCAAAUAUGUUUUAAGAAGAACUUUUACUCAAUUUUAUCGUGAUCCAAUUUAUCUUAAAUCCAAAUUUUUCCUCUUGAUCUUGGGUGGUUUGUUUAUCGGUUGGACUUUUUAUAACAUAAGACCCAACCUUUCGGGUUUACAAAAUUGUCUUUUUGCUGUUUUCAUGUCUUUAACUAUUUCUGCUCCAUUGAUUAAUCAAAUUCAAGAAAGAGCCAUUGCUUCUCGUGAAUUAUUUGAAGCUAGAGAAAGUGCCAGCAAUACUUAUCAUUGGUCUACCUUAUUAUUUUCUCAAUUUAUCACCGAAAUUCCUUAUUGCAUUGUUGCAUUUACAUUAUUUUUCUGCUGUUUCUACUUUCCAUUAAAGAUGGAUAACACUGCUCCUUUUGCAGGAUAUUACUACUUUAUUUUGUGCACUGUUUUUCAAUUUUAUUAUAUUUCAUUUGGUUUAUGGGUCAUUUAUAUGGCUCCGGAUUUACCUUCAGCUUCAAUUAUAACCAGUCUUUUGUUUUCUUUUAUGUUGAACUUUUGUGGUGUUUUACAACAACAAUCAUUGAUGCCUGGAUUUUGGACAUUUAUGUAUAAAGUCUCACCUUAUACUUAUUUUGUUCAAUCAUUAGUUUCUGUUUUAUUGCAUAACUUUGAAGUAAAAUGCAAUGCAUCUGAUUUAACAUAUUUUAACCCACCAGAGGGUCAAACAUGUGCUGAGUUCUCUAAUGAUUUCAUUCAAUCUGCUGGAGGUUAUAUUUCUAAUCCUGAUGAUACAACCCAAUGUGGUUAUUGUAGCUUCCUGACUGGUGAUGCAUUUAUGGCAACUUUCAACAUUAAAUGGAGCCAAAGAUGGAGAAAUCUUGGGUUCUUCUGCAUUUACAUCUUUUUCAAUCUAUUUGCAAUGGUUUUCUGCUACUACUUUUUUAGAGUCAAACAAUUCAAAAUGCCCUCUCUUUUUAAAAAGAAGGCUAAAAAUUAAAUGAUUUCACCAAGUUCUAAUUAAUAUUCCCAAUCAUUUUCUUCAAUUUCCAUCUUAUUUAAAAUUCAAAUAUCCCAAUUUUUAUUCUUAUCAAUUUCAUUUUCUUAUUUGUUUUUAUUUUAUUUUCAAUUUCAAUUUACUCAAAAGUUUGAUAUACUAAUAUUCGCACCAAUUCAUAUUUAUCAAUUUUUUAUUUUUACUAUCUUAUACUAUGGAAUCAAUAGAGGAAAUUCUAGAUCUGUUUACUUUUAAUUCACAUUUUU